AUGGGGGAGGUCCCGGUGUCUGACCACGGCGUGCUGGUGAUGGAGCUGAACAGCGGCCUCAGUUUUCCAGCCUCGGAGCAUCUGAGUCACAUCAUUCACACUCAGGCCCUGCAGGCGUCCCCCCCCCGCUCGGUGGUGCUGGACUGCCGCCAUGUGAGCGUCCUGGACUACAGCCUGGUCGGCGCGCUGCGGGACCUGCUGAGGCAGUUCAGGCUGAGGAAACCGGCUGUUCUCAGAGUGCUGGCUGCAGCCGAUCUGCAGGGCCUCCGGCUCACCGACAGCCUGGAGGAGGCUCUGCAGCUGGACUCAGAAAUCCCCCCCGACGGCUGA